UUACUUCUAAAAGAGAAGUCAAAAUGGGUGGAUCACAAAGUGUUGAGGUUCCCGGGGGUGGUACUGAAGGAUAUCAUGUUCUCCGAGUACAAGACGGUUCUCCGGGUCAAAAAGCUGGAUUGGAAGCUUUUUUUGACUUUGUAGUUGCCAUCGGGAACACUAGGCUUAAUCAGGAUAAUGAUACCUUGAAGCACCUUCUCAAGGCGAAUAUUGAGAAGGAGAUCUCUAUGACAGUGUACAGCAGUAAGAGUCAGACUGUUCGAGAGGUUUUCAUUACUCCGAGUACUCUCUGGGGUGGACAGGGACUACUAGGAGUUUCCAUUAGGUUUUGUUCCUUUGAAGGAGCAAACGAGAACGUGUGGCAUAUCCUGGAGGUUCAUCCUAAGAGUCCGGCUGAAAGCGCAGGGUUGAGAUCCUUCUCUGAUUAUAUCAUUGGCGCGGACAGUAUCCUACACGAGAGUGAGGAUUUAUUCUCCCUGAUCGAAGCUCAUGAAGGACGUCCAUUAAAGCUUUAUGUUUACAACACUGAAACUGAUCACUGUCGGGAGGUAACUAUUACUCCCAAUGGAGCUUGGGGCGGAGAGGGAUCACUAGGUUGUGGGAUUGGAUAUGGAUACUUACACCGGAUUCCUAUCGGAGACGAAUACCAAAAACCUGCAGACCAUCAUAAUCCCCCAACUGCAACCGUAGUUCCAAUUGAACCGGUUCCAGAAGUUCAACCUAAUGCUCCGAUAAUAGGAGCCUCCGCACCUAUUACAGGAAAUCCCUCACCUAUGAUGGGUACCCCCGCACCAAUGAUAGGAACUCCCUCUCCUAUGAUGGGUACCCCCGCUCCUGUGAUUGCACCUAUUGCAGGUUUUCCCUCUCCCCCCGCUGUUGACGUGAACAAACCCCUGGCCGCCGACGUUCCACUCUUCGGAACAGAUAUGAUUUCUACCGGAGCUGUUACUAGUUCUCACGACUCUGCUCCCUCUCCUAUUUUAGCCUUUUCUCCGGAGACAUUCCCAGUCCCUGAUCCUGCAGUACUGGCAGGUAUGCCGGCUCCUCCAACAUUCUCUGCGUCCCAUCCAUCCUAUCCAACCACCAGUUAUACCUACGAGACUUCUCCCGUCCCUGGUCAGAGCAUAAACCCUGAGAUUGUCGGACUCAAUCCAUCACCUGCUCCGCUUGUAACCUCUUCAUGAGAAUGCAGGACGGAUGCUUGUAUGUGAUAUGGGUUCUAGGUUGAAAUGUGAAAUCUUUAUAUAUUCUGCAUUUGAUUUACUUUUUCCGUUAUGUAUAAGUAAUAAAUAUGAUUUGGAGAUAAAUCUCCUAAUUUGCACGUAUUUCAGUUUAACCGAAUUAUAUUUAUUGUUUAAAAUAUUAUUUUUAAAUUUUACUUUUAAGAUUGUUCUUGCGUCUGUCUUCUUCAAUGGUAUUUCUUUAUCAUAAUCUAGUUCAAAAUUAGAUCAUUUUAAAUCGGGAUUAGUUCUGUAACCACUUUUUUUCUCCAUUUUGUGUGUCAAAACUAUUUUUUAUGUAACAAAAUAAAGUUUUUAUAACCUUUUUCCCCUGUUUUUGUAAUCUUAAAAACUGAUUUUAGUAUUCUGUUCAUGUCGAAACUUCCUUCUUAUCUCUACUCCAACAGAAUAAAGUUUAGAGCCAGCUAACAAGAUGCACAGAUUUACUGAAGUGGUGUAAAUUAUUCACAAAAGAAUAUUUUUUAAGUUUACUGAACAGAUUUCCAGAUACAUCCCUUCAUUUUAUUCUUUGUUUUCAGA